UUUUUUUUUUCUUUUUUUUUAAUCCGCGUCCGUGUGUUCAUCUCGAGCGACGACCACGUUCCUCUUCUUUCGUUCUUUGUUUUUCAUCGUAACAACCGGUAACGAAUACAGGACGUCCUUGGACGAAACGGAACGAUCCAAAAGAAGACAGUGAAAGAAAACCGAUCGUGGAUCGUGGUUCGUCAGCAAGAUUCUCCCCUGUCUCUGACACAUCGAUAACCCGUCGGGAUCAGGCACGUUGAUUCGACUAUCUCUUCUCGCACACAACAGAUCCAUUGACGAAAGACUGGUUUCUAGUAUCAGGACUAGGUCCCAUGGUGAUGAUCAUAGCCACUUAUGUAUACUUUUGUCUAUUCGCCGGACCGAGGUACAUGAAGGAUAAGAAGCCGUACGAGCUGAGAACCACCUUGAUAGUGUACAAUUUCAUACAAGUGCUACUUAGUAUAUACCUCUUUUACGAAGGAUUGAUGAGUGGAUGGUUGUACGAAUACAAUUACCGUUGCCAGCCUGUCGACUAUUCGAACAAUCCGUUAUCUAUAAGGAUGGCGAACGGCGUACACUUUUACAUGAUGUGCAAGCUGAUAGAGAUGCUGGACACGGUGUUCUUUGUCCUCCGGAAGAAGGACCGUCAAAUCUCGGUGCUUCACCUCUAUCAUCACGCUCUAAUGCCGCUUUGCGCUUGGGUUGGAAUCAAAUUCGUGCCGAACGGCCAUCUGACGUUCUUGGGCGUGAUCAAUGCCUUUGUUCACAUAAUUAUGUACGGAUAUUAUAUGCUAGCCUCGAUUGGGCCGCACAUGAACAAAUACCUCUGGUGGAAGAAGUAUAUAACGAUGCUGCAGUUGGUUCAAUUCGUCUUAAUCGCCAUACAUACCUCUCAACUCUUCUUCAAUGGGUGCAACUUCCCGCUGCUAUUGGCAACCCUACUCAUGAUAAACACGCUGUGGUUCAUUUACUUGUUCAGCGCGUUCUACGUGAACACUUACAAGCAGGAUAAAAAGAAGAGGAAGACAAUCGCUACGGCGGACAAAACGGAAUGAGACGGUGUCGUCGACGUAAUUCGUUUCUCGCUCAUUACAUAGACUUCGUUACGAAGGAACAAACUCCACUUCCGUUAGGCAUACAGUUCUCUAGCGUUUAACCCCUUGAUUGCGGCGCACUCUGAUAACUGCUGCAUGCACAGCGCACAACAAUCGUCGUAGAAUAACGACUGAUUGUUGUGUACAAGACGUGUGACUUUACUUGACGAAUGAAACACGAUGAUGUAAUAAAAAUUGGCGCUCAAUAAUAAUAUGUAAUAAUAUGUAUGUAUCGGAUUAUAGGUAGACUGCAGAUUUUUAUGCGAAUUUAUAUUUUUGUGAAGAUGAUUAAAAGGGCUAGACAGACAAUUUAUUUUGUCAGUUAAACAUUGUAACAAUUAUUGUAUUUUUGGUAUUUGAUACAGUGUCGUUUGGGUAUUAUACUUCUAAAUUUUUAAAAACUGCAUUCUAAUUAUAACGUAUAAUAAUAAGAAUUGUAUAAUGUAUUCUGAAACGUGAACAUAGUACGAACUUAGGUUUCAAUCUUUACGCUGAUAUCUUCUUUCUCGUGAAUCAACAAAUAUGAUUGUUUCUCUAGAAGAUGGUAUUAGAUGGUGUAUAUCAACGCAACGAGGAUCGGUGAUGCUAUUGCGACUUCUAGCAGAAUUUAUUGAUCUCUAAAAACCGAUUCUUGUAGUGUUAACGUACGUGCGAGAUAAUUUCAUCAGUAAAGUGCAAUCAGAAGGCGCUGUGAGUACACAGUCAAAGGGUUAAUAUUUUAUUGCUGAUCGAUCGAUUUCGUUUGACAACGUGAAACGAUCCUUCCAUGAAUCUAGCAAAGAAUAUUUUUCCAACAUCUCCCUAAAUUAUUUUGCAACAGCGACACUUUAUCGUUCGCGUGCCUUCUUCUCGAUCGAAUAUAUUCAUAUGCAAGCUCAUCGACUUUUUUAAAUUGUUUUUCUUUCUUUCUUCCUUCUUUCUCUUAUCAAAAAGUACGAAAACACAAAGAAAACAAUGUCCAUUCUAUUCUGUAUUGUACAUUGACCGCGUAUAUGUAAUGCAUAUAUGAAAUUUAUAUGUACAAUACACUCUCGCUAAGAAAUUUAGAUCAUGUUAGCAUCUCAAAAGAGGCAGAUAGUAACUUAGACUUUUCAUACUAUUGAAAUUUUAAUUAGUUGCACUUAAAGAUGAAAAUUAUAACUAUAAUUUCGUGUUCAACUCAAGACAUUUGAUAUUUUAUUUCGUCUGAAAAGUAAAAAGAUGCUGUAAACUUUCAAGCAGGGAUAUAUGUACAUGUACAUGUUACAUGCAACUACUUUUUAGGUUUAAAUCUAAUAAAAGCUGUACGAUCAUGUAAAGGGGCUUCCUUCUUCCUUUUUUAUAUUAAAUUCGAUUGUUUCUACCUUGUUUAAAAAUGCUUCAGGCUCAUAUUAUGUAAUUUAGAUCAUAAAGAGAACUUUUACAGCCACAUGAAGAAUCUUUGACGAAUCUCGCUCGAUUCGAAGGAGCAAGUAGAUUGUGGCUAAGAUAUAUACUUUUAAGAAUUAAAUCUGGUAUCUUAAAAUCAUACGCACGUCGAAAAAAGAAAAGAAAAGGAUUGCGUCGAAAAACGUAAUAAGAGACACUAAAUUAGCAACGUUCGAUGAUGUCAUUAAUAAAGGAAUCGUACGAUCAAAAAUACGAUUUAAUGUAUUUUUUAAUCUUACAAUUUCGGGAUCUUAAGAUCCUUUUACCAUUUUCGUGUCACAUCCUG